AUGGCCGAGUCUGCGCCCGAUUCGUUACCGACACGGUUUGAAUCUGUUGUGGGCUCGUUGAGAAGCGUGGCAAACGAGCAGCGGCGAGGGAAGGGGAAGGACUGCGGGAAGUUGGUUUCGCGUGCGCCGUUGGCGCCCAGUUGGGUGCCUAUCAGGGAUAGCGGUGCUUCCCCCCGUCGUGUGUGGUACAGACCGCUGUUUACGAGCACUCUCCUGAGCCCGAAGCAAGUCCCCCGCAGCCAAUUCCGCCGGCUCGCGCCCUCGAUCAUAUCACCUCCAUUGCCUGCUGCGCUCCCCGCCAGCAGCGGCUUUUCGAACAGACCAGCCGUCGGCCAAUCGUCAAAGUUCUUUGCCUCAUUCAACACAAGUACCGGCUCCUAUCGUGGUAUCGACUCGGAUGUCGCCGCCAAUAUGCCGAUGUACACUCAUUGA